AUGCCUGGUCACCUUGCCCGCACUUGCCCUACUCCUGGUGCUGCUGCUGGUCUUGGUCGCGGUGCUCCCGGUCCUCGUGGUGGCUUCCGCGGUGGUUUCGCUGGUGGCCCUCGUCCUGCUACUUGCUACAAGUGCGGUGGUCCCAACCACUUCGCUCGCGAUUGCCAGGCUCAGGCCAUGAAAUGCUAUGCUUGCGGUAAGCUUGGCCACAUUUCCCGCGAGUGCACUGCUCCCAAUGGAGGCCCUCUCAACACUGCCGGCAAGACUUGCUACCGCUGCGGCGAGACUGGCCAUAUCUCGCGCGAAUGCAACCAGCAAAAUGAGGUCAACGGCGAGUCUGCGCCUGUUGCUGCUGCAGAUGCUGCCGCUGCUGCUCCCCCUGCCUGCACAGACUCCCAAUGCCGCCGCUACCAUCAUUCCUGCCUCCGUUUCUGUUUGAGCAACUACGGUCUUAAUCAACCAUGCCUCAUGAAGACCUCUGGACGUGGUAUCGAUACAAUUGGAAUCGCAAGCCGCGAGCGAGACUUUGUCAAAAAUUAUUCGCAACUGACAAUCUAUCAACCACACAACACACACACAGCCAUGGCACCCUUACAAACCCCAAGCAAUCGCGUACCGGCGAGCGUAAACGACUAUACCAUUCUGCCGCUUUCCGUCCCACCUACCGAGUCUUUUCCUCACGCUACAAAACACUACCUCUACCUACGACCCAACGCACCCAAACUGCCCACCGAAAACACACCUCGGGAGUUGUUCAUCGUCAACCUUCCCAUCGAUGCGACAGAGCCACAUUUGCGCGGUUUAUUCGCAAGCCACGGCGGAGGCGCACGAGUGGAAAGAGUAGACUUUGAAGGCGCAAGGACGGGCAAGAAACUUACAGCGCCGGUGACGAGUAAAAGCGGCAAAAAGAGAAAGAGAGGUGGUGAUGCAGGCAACGAGAACAAAAUGGUGGAGUUGCCGGAGACGUGGGAUAGAAGUGUAGGAAGGAGUGGAAAUACUUGUGUGGUUACGUUUGUGGAUGCUAGUGCUGCGGAGAUGGGAUUGAAGGAGGUGAAGAAGAGUGUCAAGGCUGGUAAGGAGGUUGUUUGGGGUGCUGAGGUGGUGGGGGAUAAAGUGCCUGCAUUGGGUGCUGCGAGUAUGANNUAUUUGAGCCAUCAUGCUCUUCGCUUUCCCUCCACCGCUGUCCUACAAGCCUCAGUAGACGCCUACAUGACCGCCUUUGCCGACCAAGAAGCCACUCGCGCCCGCCUGCUCGCCCGCCAACGCGCCGAACCCGACGAAGAUGGUUUCAUCACCGUGACACGCGGAGGACGCAUGGGACCCGCGCGUCAAGAAGAAGCGCNNAAGAAAAGGCAGACAAGCAAAAGGGAAAAGCAAAAGGGCAAGGAAGACUUUUACCGCUUCCAGAUGCGCGAGAAGCGCAAGGAGAAGGCUAAUGAGUUGCUCAAGGGCUUUGAGGAGGAUAGGAAGAAGGUGGAAGCUAUGAAGAUGAAGAGGAACAAGUUCAGACCGAACUGA